CGCUGGAGAGUCCGACGCCAUGGGCACCAAGCAGACGAAAGGCGGCGGUCCGGAGAGCGGGGAGAGCCCGCAGCACGGCCCGGCCUCCUGGAAGCGCACCCCGACCAAGGAGCGCGGCGACAUCUUCGCUUCCCUGGUGCUGAAACCCGGGGAGCGCUUCGGCAAGGGCGCGACCCCGCCGCCCUACCUGAGGCGCGUCGGCAUGAUCCAGGAGAUGAUGGCCAUGGCCCAGCAGGGCAAGCAGGACGAGGCCACGGAGCUGCUGAAGAACCUGCGACAGGAUUUGGGGAUGGAGUCGACAUCCCUGGAUGACGUCUUAUAUCGUUACGCCAGCUUCAGGAACCUGGUGGACCCCAUCACCCACGAGCUCAUCAUCAGCCUGGCCCGCUACGUGCACUGCCCCAAGACGGUAGGCCCUCACCCCCACACCUCUCUGGAAGGGGCCAGUUCCAGACCUCCUCGUCCUCAUGAGGGGGAUGCUCUGGGGGCCAUGGAGAAGGUGUGCCGGCAGCUGACCUAUCACCUGAGCCCUCACUCGCAGUGGAGACGGCAGGGCCUGAUGAAGAGGAAGCCCCAGGCGUGCCUGAAGGCCAUACUGUCCAGCAGCCCCAUCAACAACACAGUGGACCUGUCCGGCAUCCCUCUGACCGUGAAGGACAUGGAGCGCCUGGCAUCAUUCCUACAGCAGAACUCGGACCGGGUCACGAGCGUGGAGCUGUGCUUCACCGAGCUGACAGACGAGGCCUUCCUCCAGCUGCUGCCCACUCUCGGCAUGCUGCCACUGCUCAACACGCUGUCCCUCAACGGCAACCGACUGACCAAGGCCGUGCUGCGCGACCUCACGGACACACUCAAAGACCCGGAGAAGUUCCCCAGCGUCACCUGGAUCGACCUGGGCAACAACGUGGACAUAUUCUCCCUGCCCCAGCCCUUCCUCGUCAGCCUGCGCAAGCGCUGCCCCAAGCAAGGGAACCUCCCUACCAUCCUGGAGUUUGGGGAGAGCCAGAUGAGCGACAUGGAGAGCCACGAUGGCAACCUAUCCGAGUGCCUGGACGACCUGGGCUCUGAGGCAGAGGAUUCAAGGCAGUCGCCUUCACCCACCUCCACCCCCAGCCAAUCCCAGCUCGUGUCCAAAUCCGAGAAGCCAAUGGGGGGCGAGACAGGGGAUCAGGUGGUGACGCUCGCAGCCAAUCAGACCUGAGAAUGGCCGCCGCCUGCCCCCGGUUCCCAUGACGUGGUGGCUGUGCCCCGCCUCUGCGAGUGGCUCCUCCCCCUUCGGUGCCAUGAGGAGAGCCCCCGGAGCGAGAGUGACCUCUAGAUGUCGUUGUUGUUCCUUGACUCUGUCUUGUUAUGUCAGCACGCAACAUGCCUGCCCCAGUGACACGAAGAGGGAUGCUUCAAAGCAAAAUGACAAUCAGAUUAAGCAUUAAGAUAUACAUUUAUGAUCGAUAUUGAAUGUUUAAAACCUUAUGACAUUUUUCCAGAGCUGUGCUGCUCUGACAGUAUUUUAUCCUGCUAUGACUUUUCUUCUUGCUUUGGAGCAGAGAAGCUCUGGUCCCCAGUGCCCUGUGAAGGGAUGGACUGUAACAUCUCUGAGGUCGUGAAGAGCUGUGUUACUGUGUGGCCAGUCCAAGACAGCCGCUACAGUAGCAGGGGUCCUUCCACCUCGGUGAGCCAUGUGGGCUUCUUCGCAUGGCUCCGUGGGCGGAAUCUGACGGGAGUCUGGGCCUGCCUCUCCCUGGGGUGAAGGGGCAGGAUGCCUGUCUCUGUGGGGGGCGGGGAGCGGACAAGUGAGUGGUACUGGGAGAGCAGUGCAGCGGCUGACCUCGGACCACGCGCCUGUCCUGGUCAGGAGGCGGGACGGUCCAGUCUUUCUGGGCUUCUGACUCCCACAAACCGGCCAGGUCAGGUCAGCCCCACGGCAACAAUAACACUGCAGGGUCACAGUAAGGGCGCUCCAGGUCUGAAAAGGCCUCACAUCGCCAGGGUGUGGAUUUCGGCUCUACCCUGGGCAGUAGCUCAGCGAACACCAGGCCUGUGAGGGAGGGCGAGUGAGUCCACUGGGGAUAUUUCACCCACCUGAGGGAGACUGUUACAGUCUGGUGACUCUGGAAUAAAAAGGCACAAUUACAAUAUUUUACGUAAAAUACCCUAAAUAAUGUGCAAAUUAUCCUUAAACAUUUUGAAAUCCAUACCCUAUGUGUCCUAUUUUGUCCUGCACUGCCAGUUUAAUGAACUUUUUUUGUUUUUUAGUUUUAAACAGAGAACAUUGCUAAGGUGUAUGGACAAUGCAGAGCAUGUCCAGUCUUCCUGCAAUCCCGUGAAUUUGUGGGUCAGUACCUUCAGGAGAGCAGGAGGCCCAGUGAAAAAUGCCAGGCAGUUUAGUGCAAAACGGCUGCAGCUUGAAAUGAGAUGCGUUGGAGCGGUGUUGUUUCAGAGGCAUAUAAACCGAUUCACUGAUUAUCAAGCUACAGAGAGGAGCAGUCCUAACCAUUCCAGUUGUGGCUCAUGGAGAACAGCAUCAUCUGCCUAUUUGACUUUUUUCCUCCAGUGACAAAGCACAGUCUCCUGAGUUUCUUCUCAGUAACCAGGGCAAAGUUCAGUUUUUAUUCUCCUUCAAGGUUCCCACUGGGAGCAGCUGUCACAUGGCUUGCACUGCCACCUCUGACCUCUGUCCCAAUAUUACACCAAGCUGAGUUAAUGAGCUCAAGACCUGCAAACAAAGGGCUCUGAUGAUGCCCCACAGCUUAAUUCUCAUCAACAUGUUCUGGCAACCUGAUGGUGCAUCUCCCCUGACCUUGUUCCUAAGUCCAGAACAGUAAUUUCCAGGAAGAAAAUGAGAAAGUGUGAGCGUCACAGUUCCGUGCGGGCUCAUGCUCUUCGCCGCUCCACCCCGCCGGUUCUUACUGCGACACCUGGGGCGCGAACUCGUGUCUCCGGCGCAACGCAACAGGGAACCAGCCGAGUGGGCUAAAGGAGACCUCCCCCAGCCCAGGCAGCGGAGAGUCCUGCUAUGCGCAGGGAGGGCGAUGACGUCACCGUGCCCAAAGUAGCUCUCCGAGUUCUGGUUGUGGCUCCCCUCUCUCCCCCCUCUUCUUCGCACCGGUCCCCUUCACGGUGUUGAGCUCGUGAAGAGGUGAGGGCGGCAGAGGAGGCCGGCUCUCUAAUUCUGUCUUGUCUUCCCCCACCUCCAUACAUCAAUCGUGACUGAUCUGUGGGAAAUAUACCUGCUCACUACAGUCGUGCUAAGACGUGGAUUUGAAGGCAGAUCGGAAGCAACCCGCAGCCCUCUUGCGCCUUAAAAAAACAAAAGGGGAGAAAGUUGGGGCUCCUACCAGAGAGCGGGGUCCAGAAACCCACUCUGUGGGUGCUGCGCUGCUCGCAGUACAGAACCCCAACACAGAGAGCACAGUCAAUGACCGUUGAGAAAUAGUGGUGAGGACCCUAUGCAGAAAACCAAGGCGAUCUCCAGAGGCGUAGUCGAUAUCAGACUCCGAGGUCCAAAAGCCGAAGGGAGGCAAGCCGGUGGAAAAGUACAAAAACUAGAAGCAGAGCCGGAAGCCGAGAGUCUAAACCAGAACGAUAACAGAGCCAAAAACUAAGUAGUAAGUUAUAGCGAAAAUCAAGAAGCUCUAGGCAGGAAAAAAACCUAAUUCUGAGCCCAGUGGAGAGUGUGAAGCAGCUUUAAAUGGGCUGGGGGAAAUGGGCUCACUGGGAACCGUGCUUGAAUGCGAGGUGGAAUGACGAGUCCUCUGGGGGGCGUGGCGUAACAGUGACACCCAGGGCAGCACGUGGACAAUAACAUGCUCGGGUUAUCACAGCGCUCGAAACAGCCGCUGGGAUUUUCUUUGUGUGACGGUGCUGUUGCCGACAUAUUGAAAGACGUGUCGCGGUCAGCGGGCGUCAUCCAGCUGGGCCCAGAAGAGGAUGAUUCUGGUGCUGAGCCUCGCCAGCCCGCGACUAGGCUGCCAGAGCCCAUAGGUAAAGCUUGAUGCUUCUCUGUACAUCCUGUGUAAUUCACUGCAGAUAGGAAAUUAAUUAACAAGGAAAGCUAUUAGUGUUAUCAUGUACAAAAGGAAUGAUAAUCUUGACUUGCUGUCAUGAGGUAUAAAUAAACAAAUGAAAUGCAAAAGACCUCAUUAGACUGAAAAGUUUUUUUUUUCCAUUUUUUAAUCUCAUUCUUCUUGGCAGAGCAUCACGAGGACAAAGAGAUAGCACAGAAUUCCUCUAGACUUCUAUGUGUUUCUUACUACUCAUCAGAAAACAGCACAAUGACAGCAUAUCUUUCUCUCAUCUUUACUACAGGUAGUCCUUACAUUUUGUGGGUUUCGGCUGCAUUUGUAGUGUGUUUCUCCCACUUCAGAACAGUGCCAGGAUGUUGACAAUGCCGAACAUUGUGCAGGGCUGCAGCCCCAGGUGUCUUGACUGGGCAACACAGUGACCUGGGCUGUGCAGGUGGGGGGGGGAGAAUGGAUCUGUGUGCUUCUACAUCUACAGUUUGAGGUGAGGAACAAGAAAACCGUCCACAAUGAGCCGCAAUUGGAGUCCAGCCCCAGUCGUCCAGUUCAUUCUCACUUCCACACCUGCGAUCCAAUCAGCCAUUUGUGCGAGCAUCUGUCUCAGGCCCUGCAAGGGAUGUAAAGACCCAUCCUGCGCAUAUACACUCGUACCUCUUCUGUUUUCCAGCUGGUGGGGAUUCUGAAUGCAUAUCACCUUCAUGUCAGACUUGAUUAAUUUGAAUCCACAAAACAGGGACUUUAAAAGCCCUGAGGACCUGGAGGUGCCAGUUCCUGUCCAGCCGGUCCCGGCCUUCUGCCUUCCCACCAGCUGUCUCAGUAGAAAGCCGAGUGUUUGACAGAAGUAAUUCAGAGCUGGACUUCGUCACUGGAUUGAGGUAAUUCAGGGCGGACGCUAGGUUGCUAUUUAGCAGUCAGUUCCAGGCCUUCUGAGUCGAAAUAGAAAACUGUAAAUAAGAGAAACGACGCUGAAUAAAAUCAAAGAGGCUGUUAGCUGGUCUGACAGACUCUCUGCUCGAUGGCCUGUGAACGCUGGGGGAGGAGGAAUAUUGAAGAGCAAAUUGAUUUCUAAAGACUGGAGACGUGCAAGUAAGUUGGCCGAAACAGAAGUGCAGAGAGGAGAGCAGGGGGGUGGGAGGAGUGAGAGGAUGAACUCUAAACUGGGCAGGGAAUGUGCAAUUGGGCAGGCUGUCAGGACCUGAGUCUUAAUGCAUUUAAAGGUUUAGGGCAAUAGGCACUUACAGACAGUUUAUGAGCACUGGCAGUUCAGUACCAGAGUUCUCGCCUGCCAUGCAAGAGCCCAGGUUCAAUUCCUGGUCAAUGUGAUCAUUGUUCGGUGGUUUGUUAGUCAUUCUGCAGUUUUUAAGGCAUCACUGAGGCAUGACUGAAGGCUGAUCUGCUGCUGUUGCAAAGCUUUAGAAAUCUUUCAGACCUGCUGGAACAUCUCCGUGUGGAGGAUCGGAUGUGAAGAAACAAUAUUAAGGUACAUUUCCUGGCGAGGAGCACAGCUGUGCCUCAGUGCAGUUCAAGGCUGGCUUUGUAGUUGUCCUGAGUACCUUGGUUUCAGUGCUCAACGCGUACUUGAAGAGCCAACAGGUUUAAAUCAGACAGAUGGGCUCCAUCAGCCACAGGUGCAGAGAGGAUGGUUUAGGUGUCCCUCUGGCACUGAGAGGCAGUUUGCGUGGUGCAGGGGCUUGUUUAAUGAGAGACACUUUAUGAUCUAGAAGGAAAGGUUUGCCCUAGAAACUCCUGCAACAUUAAUCACAAUCAAAAAAACAAAUCGAAAUGUUUAUCUCGCAAAUGCAGAAUCCAGCAAUGGACAGAUGUAGUUUGGUCUCUUGGAGAAGAAGGCUGUCACUUCAGAGGAGCUGAUACCAGCUGCAGAGAGGUUGCAAAAACCCAAGAACUUCUGGCAGGGCUUCACAGACACACCCAGGGAAACCAGCACGUUUCUAUCAAGGGGCAUAAAAUAGCAAAAACAUAUGAAAAAAUCAUUAAUUUUAGGCCAAUAAUAAAAUACUAAAUAUAACCAUUGUGAGACUGAUGCACAUAAAUGAAACUCUU